UGCGGGAUCAGACCUGGAAAAAGGAGUCGGAAAAAAUGUUCUGAGUUAUUUUUUGGUCUUCAGUUUCCUGCAGCAGGUACCCGUGAAGAUGAGUUGUUGUCUUAGGUCUGUGCCUCAGGAGGUCCGACCUGGUACAGCACGGAUCCAAGUGACAGAGCUCAGUGGAUCAGGCAGCAUCAACCCAACUCCAGCAACCAAGCCAUGUGAGCACUCUGAAACAGCGGUGGAGGUUUACCUCACUCCAGAGAAGCUGGAGUGGUUGUGUGGAACUCAGGACCUCUCUAAUGUCACUUCACUGGAGAUCUGCAUAGACACUCAAGAAAUCAUACUGGGUAACUUUGGUGCCUAUUUGCCCAAGCUGGUGCAGCUGAAAAUGAACAACAGCGUGAUUAUGUCAGUAAGAGACCUGGGAACCACCCUCUCCCACCUGCAGGUGCUGUGGAUGUUUCGCUGCUCCCUACAGGACUUCGAUGGCAUUUCCACUUUCUCCGCCCUCAAGGAGUUGUAUGCUGCCUAUAACAAUGUGUCAGACUUGAGUCCAGUUGGGAUGCUGGAAAAUUUGCAGCUGUUAGAUCUGGAAGGGAACAGUGUGGACGACCUUGUCCAGAUUCAGUAUCUGGGGUUGUGUGGUAAACUGGAGAGACUCACAUUAGAGGGAAACCCUUUGUGUGUGCGCCCUAACCCCACUGCCAUCCAGACGGCAGACUAUAGUUAUCGUUCUGUGGUGAGGGAGUUGAUCCCUCAGCUGCGUUACCUUGACAAUAUCAGGGUGGAGGAGGAGGGGCGUAGCUGCUGUGGCACCAUGGGAGAAGAGUGGUCCAUUCUCCGAAACUCCAUCAGAGACUUUAACUCCCCUCAGGCUGCAGAUGACGGUGCGACAGCAGGCAGUGCAGGUUCUCACAGGAGACCUGGCUCAGCCGGGCACCCUGCUUCCAGCCUCUCCUGUGUGUGCCCCCGGUCCUUAGCCAGCUCCAGACCUCUCUCUGGAUACAGACCCAUGUCAGCGAACAAACUGGGAGUUCUCUCUCCUCCUGGAUCCAGACCCAGUUCUGCAGACUCAGAUCUAGCAACAGUGGAAGCAGAGACCAGCAACCUCACGCAUGGAGCUGGCAAAAUCCUGUUCUGUGGCAACCCAGUCCAGGCGAUUCGAGCAAGGCGAGAAAAAUUAAGGACAGCACCUGCCAAGUCUACUUUCACCCCUUGUAACCUGCCCAUCCAUGUGCCGGAGCACACGUAUGAUCUGGAGGAGCCAGAUGUUGUGGAGCGUGAUGAUGUGUUUGCUAUGUUGAGAACCUGGAGGGAGCAGCACAACAGACGUCUUCAGGCUAUAGAGACAGAACGACGGCCACAGGUCCUAGCUAUUCAUCACAGUGAUGAGGAAGAGGGUGAAGAUGAUGAUGAAGGAGAAGGCUUUGGUGGUGAAUGGAGUGACAGCAGUGAUCAAAGGCAUGAGGAAAAGACACACAGUGGCGACACUAAUAAUGUCUCUCCAGAUUCAUCUUUCCAGUCUCUUUCCCCAGACCUGCAACACAGAGAAUCUGUAUCCCCAAACAUGGCUCGAUUGUCCCUGUCUCUGAACACAACGCUGUUCCCGUCUCCCCCUCUCUGUGCCACAGCAGCUAUCUGUAACAGAAAACCACAAGGGAUCCGUGCACGCAGGCUUCGACUCAGCCAGACUAAUAUAGGAAAUAUAUCUCAUUUAAACAGAGGAGGGGGCUCUCCUGGAACACAUUUAACCACAGGAGACACAGACCUGACACCUGAAGGGUUCCAGCAGGAGACCAGGAUCGAUGUUCAGCUAAUGCCCUCAAGUGCACACAAACCCCAACCACCCCAAAUGACUGCACUCAGGGAAGGGAUCACAGAGAGGGACUGGUGUGGUGAACAAACUGGCAACAAACAUCAUCAGACUUUCCAGAAGUCCAGACUUGUGGAUAGACCAGCUAUGACUCGUCCUCACACAGCCAGAGCAGCUCUCCAAAAACACCUCCAGCACCACACACUUCAGACCUGCAGAGGGAGCUCACAGCCAGACUGA